AGCGCCGUGCAGCUCGACGUAGCAGUUCAGUGCGCGUACAAGUCUCGUGGGUAGCGGAUGCCAGCAAAGAUUUGGCAAAACUCGUUCGCUUUGAGCAUUUUAGGAACGUUUUGAGGAGCGACACGAGCUUAGCAGAUUCUUAAAUUUCACACCGUAGAUAAAACUGCGAAAUAUACACGUUUCUUGUGGUUGAGGGACACAAAAGAGACACUUCAAAAUGGCAGCCGUCAACGCAUCGCGAACGGAUUAUUGGAACUUUCUGUUUAUCGAGUUGGCAGAUCCCCGCACCAAUGACUGGUUCCUGAUCAAGUCACCCCUGCCGCUGCUUGCCAUCCUCGGCCUGUACUUGUUCUUCGUGCUGGGAUGGGGCCCGAAGUUCAUGCGCGAUCGGAAGCCCUUUAAGCUGGAGCGCACCCUUCUGGUCUACAACUUCUUCCAGGUGGCGCUCAGCGUAUGGAUGGUGUACGAGGGUGUUGUCAUCUGGCGGACAUACAGCUGGCGGUGCCAACCCGUCGACUGGUCACGUACGCCCAAGGCUUACAGGGAAGCGCGCGUGGUCUAUGUAUACUAUAUGGCCAAGAUCACCGAGCUGCUGGACACGAUCUUCUUUGUGCUGCGCAAGAACGAUCGCCAGGUGACCUUCCUGCAUGUAUACCACCACACUGUGAUGCCUAUGAUCAGCUGGGGCACCAGCAAGUACUAUCCCGGCGGACAUGGAACCUUCAUUGGAAUGAUCAACUCGUUCGUGCACAUCAUUAUGUAUUCGUACUACUUCCUGUCUGCCUUCGGUCCCCAGAUGCAGAAGUAUCUGUGGUGGAAGAAGUACAUCACCAACCUACAAAUGAUCCAGUUCUGUUGCGCCUUCAUCCAUCAGACACAGCUGCUGUACACGGACUGCGGCUAUCCCCGGUGGUCUGUCUGCUUCACCCUGCCCAAUGCCGUCUUCUUCUACUUCCUGUUCAACGAUUUCUACCAGAAGUCCUACAAGAAGAAGCAGGCAGCUGCCAAGGCCAAGGCUCUGUCGGCGGAGAACAAUAACGAGAGCUGUGCCAAGGAUCUGAAUAAGGUGGCAUCGAAGGAUCUGGAGCUGGAGCUGAAGCAAAAGCAGAAGGCCUUGUAGGUUCGAGGCCAUUGACGCCCAGAGCCUAGAGCCAGAGCCAGAGCCCGCACCCUUCCCCCUUUCAAUACUCAUACAAAGCGGGGCACACACUGAGAGCUGAGAUCCCAUGUUCUAUGUGCAACUUUGUUGACUAAUUUCUUAAGUAAUCCGCAGCCAAAAACACGUAAAACAAGAAAACGAGACACCAUACACUCGUCUGCUCUGUCUGUCUAUUGGAACAAAUGAGGCUUU